AUGUUGGACACCAUUCUCCCCUCCCUGCAGGACGCGGAAAGGCAGUUGCUGCUCACGCUGCCCUCGAUGACCCAGGAGGAUGUCUCGACUAUCUGGGGACUUGUGGCAGAAUUUGUGCAACGGCAGCUGUCCCUACACAAGGGGGUUCAGAUUCCAGGAUUUGGAACUUUUACUUUGAUGAGACAAAAGCUUGAGGUAGGGAACAAGCUUAUUUUAAUUCAGAGACCCAUGUUCAUCUUGUCAGAGAAGUUAAUACAGAAGCACAGACUCAAACAGAACAAAGUAUUUAUUCCUGGCGAUAUCCCAGUUGUUCCAUUGAAUUAUGUCAUGAUAUCCCUGGAGGGUCCAUUUAACAGGGAUACAGUGGAAGGAUGUGUGAAGGAGACAUUGCUUUUUUUAUCACGAUCCAUUUCCAUCAAACAACAUGUGGAAUUUGUAUUCAAAGGAAUUGGGGUCCUUGUGAUCAAAGAUGACAAAGUGAAGAUGAGAUUUUUUAAGGACUUCCUUUGUACAAUGGAUGGAAGUGGGGCUUUGGUGAAUGUCCUAACAAAUAGGCCGGGCACUGUGGACUCGGUGUUGUCUAAUGAGGAGGACAUCAGAAGGCGUCCCAGUAGUGCGCUGGCAUUUCCAAGGAUUGAAUUCAAGGAGAUGGAGAACAAGCCCCCUAUGGAGACCAUUAUAGAAGAAGGUGAAAAGAACAGACAAAGAAAGUCCAAGUUAAAUGACAAGUCAAACAAAGGUGGCAUCAGAGAGAUCUUUUCACCCCAGAAACCCAGAGAUAGAUCAGUCUUCUCUCCUGCCAGAGUAGCAGGUGAAAACUCUCAGGACAAGGCGAAGCAGAGUGAGAAGUUAAUGAACCCAGAGUGUGUAUCACCUUCAAUUGGCCCAAAAAAUGACAAUGAAAUGAAGCCUCAGAGUUCUCCAGACCCUGGUUGCCGUGACCAUAACAAAGCUGGACAGGAACUGUGUUAUCUGUGUUUGCAACGAGCACAGCGGAAUUCCCCAUUGUACUACAGCGAGGAGAGGAGGAGGAGAGAGAUAGAGGAUGAGCAGAUUAUACAGCAGUAUCAAAUAUGGAAGGACCAAGAGGCUAUCUUUAAACAGCAGAUGAAAAAUCUGGCUGUUAGAAAACAGAAUAAAAAAAAUGCUGCCUAUAAUCUCGGAGUUGCUGAAGCUAUGAGAAUCCACAAGAAUGAGAAACCUGAGUUUUAUAAGUCCUUCUUAUUUGAUAAAAGGCCACUCAGUGCUGAGAUUAAUGCUUUUAAGCAAGAGGAGUAUUCCCAAAGUCUCCUGAGACAAAUGGAUAACAGACGAGAAAAGGCAAUAAAGCAGAGACAAAACAAAGAAUUAAUGGACCGCCUAGAACAAGUGCAGCUCACAGAGGAACUCGCUGCACAAAGAGCCAGAUAUAUAAAAGAUAAGAUGGAAGAAAGACUGUGUUAUAAGAGAGCUUUGGAUACACAGGUAAAGAACAAACCCCCUCAGCUGCCUGUGUUUGAAUCAGACUCCUCUGAACCUAUCUUUGGUAAGAAUGAGAGCGAUCUGAUGGCAGAAAAGCGAAAGCGGGAACAGGAAUACAUGAGGCACCAGAUGGAGACAGCCACAGGUCGCAAGAGGAAAGUCAUCCUCCACCAACUGAUAAACCAAAAACAGGACUUGCAGAUGCUUCAGAAAACACACAAAGAACACGUGGCGGAUAGAAAUGCUGAACUGGAGCGGCAGAACAGAGUUAACCAAAGUUUACAGAAGGACUGGGAGAAGAAUGCUGAGAUGAAGAAGCAGCGGGACCUGGAAGCAAAAGCUUUUGAGAGGGCUUCUGACAAACUCUUCCUCCUGGAUCAGUGCGAGCAGUACCAGCGCUGCAAGCAGUGCCAGCGGCGAACCUCCUACAGAGGAGAGAGCAACCUGUGGCCCCUGAACAAGUACCUGCAGGGAUCGCGGUUGCUGGUGUAA